AUGUCUGAAGAAACUGAGGAUGUCAAACCGAAACUGAGCUUGGUCAUUAACUAUGAGGGUACCCGUCAGUCUUCUUUACAUGUUAUUCCGACGCGUUCGACGGGUAUUGACAACCCGUGGCCAGAAAUCACUGUGAAGGUGAAGCACAACAUGUCGUUUAAGAAGAUAUUUGAUGCAGCAGAGAAACGGUUCCAAAAAGAAUCAGGGACGUUUAAGUUCAUCUACGAUGGCAAAAGAUUGCGGCCUGAAAACACACCUAUGGAUAUGGAAAUGGAAGAUGGUGAUAUCAUUGACGCUCACCUAGAGCAGCUGGGUGGUGGCACGAUCGUAUAUUAG